AGCUCACGGAAUACCGGACCUAGUGCUCUUUACAAUUCUACAUGGACACUGAAGACAACGUUAACGUUUCAAAGCCGGAACAGCGAUGGUUACCGCUGGAGUCUAAUCCUGAGGUGUGGAAUAAGCUUGUUCACAAACUAGGAGUAGCUGAGGAAUGGUCAUACACUGAUGUCUACGGCCUUGAACCUGAUCUUUUGGCCAUGGUCCCGCAGCCUGUGCUCGCGGUGUUGCUCCUAUUUCCAUGCUCCAAAAAUUACGAACAGUUCAAAAUCGAGGAAGAAGCUCGCCUAACCAAACUUGAGCAGAACAUCAGCCCCAAAGUGUACUUUAUUAAGCAAACUAUUCAAAACGCAUGUGGCAUGAUGGCCUUGCUUCACUCCAUCGCUAAUAAUGAAAAGAUAGUGGGACCUGGCAUCCUUCAAAAAUUUAUUCACAAAACAAAGCACUUAUCCCCAGAUGAACGCGCAGAGUUUUUAGAAAGCUAUACUGAACUCGCUGAUGCUCACUCUGAAGGGGCUCAACAGGGACAGACCGAGGCUCCAAAUCUGGAGGAUGACGUUGAUCUUCACUUUGUAUGCUUUGUUGAAUCGGAUCAUCAUAUCUACGAAUUGGAUGGCAGAAAGUCAUUUCCUAUCAACCAUGGCAAAUGUGCCAACUUGCUCGAGGGAUCUGCAAAGGUCAUUAAGCAUUUCAUGGAACGAGAUCCUGAUAAUUUGAAUUUUACUGUAGUUGCUUUGGCUCCCACCUUGAAAUAAAGUAAAAGAAAUCUUUGCAACCCAA